AUGUCUCCUUUGUCACUUCCGUCCCUUUAUGACGGCGGUCAAUCAUACAGUUGGACAACCACCACUGAUGAACCUUAUUAUACUGAUGAUGAUUUGGUUAUUUUACACGAUAUCGUUGUUCGCGCACAACAUAUCUUACCCACUCUACCUCCAAAGGAUAGACUCCCCACAUUAGCACUCGCCAGAGCAUACUAUGAAUUCCUACCUGAUCUUGGAAUUCAUCCCGACCAUGACAGUCGAUACUUCAGAUUUAUAUUCAAAAUCGGCGUCACUGGAGAACCCACCGGCACACUCUUCGACAAAUUCGAAGAAUGUUUGGCCAAACGAGGCAUUACGCUCGAAUUCGAUUACAAUACACACGACUAUCUACGAAGUAACAAAGCUGCUUCUCAAGAUGUCGCGGAUAAUAAAGAAAGCGACACUCUCUAUAACGAUGAGAAUGAAUCACCACUACCACGACGCAAUUCAGAGACAGGCGUCUUGGAUCUGGGGAUUGCAGCUCAGGCACGAGCUCCACCACAGGAGCCAAAACAUAAAAGGAAUAAAUCAGUCUCCCCUCUACCUCUUGGGCCUGCCACGCCCGCAAAAUUAAAUGAACUGAAGAGCUUCAUUUCGGAAGCUACUCGCGCACCAUCACCGGAACCUAUCCCAGAACCUACACCACAACCACCUAGAACCACCCAAAAAGGGCGCGAAGAACGUGGACUAAACAACGUUAGAAAUUGGCUUGAAGCCAGUGAGGAUGGGUCGCCUCGCAGUCAGAGCAGAUCGAUUUCUGCACAUGGUAGCAUUCGCUCAAUUAAUCGACACCCAGAGAGAGGUGCUUCAAGGGGUCGUCCACCUGGUCGCAUUCCCAUAAACAACACCACAUACGAAUAUCAAGACGUCAGCGAUGAGUUGACCACCCCUUCGGAAGCUGAGGAAGAUGAAGCGCAAAAGGCCGAAGAACAAGAAGUAGAGGAGCAAAAGAUUGAGGAGCUCGAAUCUGACGACGAAGAUGGCGAAGAGCAAUUUCAUGACUCAUUUGAGGAGUUAGAAGAGGAAGAGGACGACGAGGAAUUCUAUGAUGCGAGUGAAGUAUUCGAUUUAAACAACCCAUGGGUUCGACAUGUAAUCAAACAAAACAAAAAAGCGAAAAUCAUCAGGGAACAUUAUCUUCAUGAUUUGGUGAUCAGAAAGCUACUUUCAUGGCGAGACCAAGCAAGAGAACGUCUAGAACGAAAAGCGAAGCUGAAUGCUGUAGCUGUGAAGCACGACACCGGCGCCUUGAAAGAACAGGCCUUGUCUGGCUGGCUCGAAAGAGCUCGCGCCAAAAAAUUUCAACGCUUGCUACUGGAAGCCCAGGCGCAACAACAACGUCGUCAGGAAGAGCAACGUCUUGAAGAAGAGCAACGACUUCAUGAAGAACAACACUUUCAAGAAGAGCAAGAGAAGCAACAACUUGCCCGACAAGCUCAAUUGGAACCCAAAAAAGCUGAACCGAAAGCUGUCGCAAUGAAGAACAACAACAACGCUCUGAAGGAGCAAGCACUGUCUGGCUGGCUGGAAAAAAUCCGUGCUAAAAAGGCACAAAAGCUACUUCUAGAAGCUCAGGCGCAGCAACAACAACGCCUUGACGAACAAGAGAAGCAAAAACUUGCUUAUCAGGCUCAAUUGGAGGCUGAGCAGAGACUUCAUGAACAAAACAUAUAUGAAGCUCAACAAGCAAAGCUUUAUAAAGCUCAGAAAGAUUCCGAAAAAGCGCGUCUGGCCGAAUUGGAAGCCGAGAGAGCUGAAUUAGAAUUUGAGCAGAAAUUCCGGGCGAAGGGAAAGAAAUUUGCAAGGAUCGGAUUAAGAGCCGUGUCGUGCAGAAAUGAUCACCUCAAGGAGAAGGCUUUCACCCAUUGGUUGGCGAUAGCUCGAGACAAAGUUGAAGCCACAAAAGCCGCAGAGAGACAAAUGAUGAGGUCACGCACUUUCAAGGCCUGGAAGUCUCACACGAAGGAGAGUGAGGAGAAAGUUCAGCUGGGCGAGGAAAAAGCUCGACAAGUCCAACUGAAAAAAUUCCUCGGCAAAUGGAAAGCAAAGAAGGAGAAAAUCGAAGUGGAUGAAUUGGAAGCUGCUGAAGUUGACAAGUGCAACAUGCUUGAGCGAGUCUUUUCAAAGAUGGCCGAGAAGAAAAAGGUAAAAGAUUUUUCCAAGGGAGUCGAGCAAAGGAGUAAGCAACGGGCUUUGUCGACAUGGGUAGAAAAGGCACAAGCUGUGGCCGAAGCCACUCAGCUUGCAGAUGACGAGAAUCUACUGAAGGCGGUCGAGAAAACCAUGAAAACUUGGAAACAAAAGACAGUAAAACAAGUUGCACUUAGUCAGGAAGCCGAGUUUAUAGCCGAAACGAAGAAAAAAGCCGAUUCUAUGCAGAAAUGGCACCGCGAAGCUCAGACAGCCCCUGCUAGAAGAAGGGUACAGGAUGGCCACAAUGCAGGUGUACUCAAAGGCGCUUUGCAUAGUUGGAAAAAACGUGCCGAGAAAGAGAAACAAGCUGCGGAGAUCGAUCGUGCCAAGAUCCUCCGUGAAGCAUUUACUAAAUGGCGACAUCAGACCAGGGCGAAGAUAUCACAGGCCAUUUCAGAAGGCCGCGCUGUAGCCAAAGCCUUCAAAAUCUGGGAAUUACAGACAAAAUUAAAAGGUGCAAAGGCACGGAGGGAGGAAGAUAUUAAGUUUGCAUGCUUGGAAGUCUGGUUCGAUAGGGCUCAAGAUACACGAAGCAGACGCUGGGAACGCGAAGAGACGGCUCGACGAUACGACAACACAAACCUAGCAACAUCUGUCCUUAAAUGCUGGUAUGCAAGAAUGGACGAAAAGGCCGAUUUUGAAGCCCAAGCGACGGAACUUCAAGCUCCACGAAUUCUAGGUGAAUGUUUCGACUCUAUGCGCGAGAAGGCCAAGAAAAUCGCCAUAGAUAAUAAGACCGCUCGCGGAUGCAGAAAAUUCUUCCUAAUGAGGACGGCUUUGUAUGCGUGGCGAGACGCAACAUUCAAGUCGAAACGAGAAAAGCGCAAACAAGCAUACAUUAAAGUUCGAAGAAACAGAAAAUACGCUAUUGGAAGAAGAUGGCUUUCUUGUUGGCACGCCAAGGCGCAAGAGAAAAUGGCACUGAAUGAGCAGGCUGGCCAGUUCGCCCAAGGUAAAACAUACAUCAUAGGUAUGGACAAGUUUGACCAAUGGAGAGCUCGAACGGAUGAAGUAGCCGAAUAUGAACCCCUUUGGAAAGAGAUGGUCAUGAGGAAAUUUUUCAAUAGAUGGAAGGAUCGCACCGAGUCAUUACAAGUGUUGAAUAUCGAGGCAACACUUGACCACCAGGAGCAUAAUCAAUCCGAGGCGCUUCGAAAAUGGAGAUUGAAGGCGAUUCAAGCAAAAGCCAGGGCGAAUACUGCAAAGGAAGUGCACGAUAGGAGCACAAGAAGGGGACAGAGAAAGAUGCUUCAUCACUGGCAAAAGCGAACUGCGAAUCAGCGACCAAUCGUUGAGGAUGGCACACCUCCUGGAACUGAGACAGCAGAGAAUUGGUCAGAUUUUGGAGAUGAAGUUGAGAUGGAUGAAAUUUCACGAAGGCUUUACGAGAAGCGAUCGGCUGUUGAGAAGAGGCCGGCUGUCUUGAAUCCAAUAACUCCUGGAUACAUGGCUACACCCUCUCGAAGAAGAGUUGCUGCAUCUGUACGUUAUCAAUCUACAAGUGCCAGAGGGACAUUGCAAACCCCCAGAACUGCUCCGAUCAGGAGUAUGAGAGCAGUGCUUCCUGGAAAGGCACAGGCCAAGCUUCAAGCUGUCUGUACUGGUUAUUGGAACGACAGGAGGCUAAUAGCCUACAUUACGGGAAAUGCGUUUGUUAUACUUACCGGCGCAGACGCGAUCCUACAAACGAUAUACGAUGAUGACGACACUCAACUCGAAGCUAUUGCGCUGGAUGAAAGUAGUGGGAAGAUAGCAACGUGUGCGGGAUCUAAUGUCCGGAUUUACAAACCAUAUGGUCAAGAUGAAGGGGUGCUAAAGUGGUCUUUGCAACAUAGCAUUUCGAUUGAUGAGAGCGGGAUUGACACAGCGAACACAUUAUCAUGGGGAAUAUCGGAAGAGUUGUUGGUGGGGAGCUCGUGGCUUACUUUGUAUUCAACAAUCGAUGCGCCAGUAGUGGUUUGGAAACAACAACUUGCGAAUCCGGUAAAGUUCGCAAACUUCUCUUACGAUUCGGCGUUCAUUGCCUCUAGUGGAAAAUACGACAGGUUUGUGAAGAUAUGGAGGAGAUUAUCAUUUGGGAACGACGACUCCAGAUUUGAUUUUACCUACCUACCACAUCUGCGGGCAGUCACGAAUAUGCACUGGAGAAGACCGUUUCAUAUCGACCAAACCAUUGAUAAUGUGCUAUAUACAGUGUGCGCGGACAAUUUGCUAAGGAUUUGGGCACCUACGGAUGUGCAUUCGCUACAGAGUCUACAACUUUGGGGACAGAUCGAUUUACAGGAAUCUAUACAACCGAGAGGAUUGGACGGGGAAAAGGUGUCGAAAUUACGAUUCGCAUUUAUCAUUGAUGGGAGAGAUUUUACGGUUGCCACGGAACAUGCAGUGCAAGAGAGAGCAGCGACCGACUCGAAAGAGGACCACGCCCUGGCACAUUUGAUCGAAGUUGCAAAUCGAAAUCCGGAAAUUUGCGUCGUACUAGAUGAACAUGGACACCUUUCUGCAUGGGGACUGGAGAAUAUUGGGUCUAAAACGAAACAACCGACGAACAUUUUCAACAUUGCACAUGUUGAUGGUCUGGAAUUAGGGUUGCCAGCGGAACUGGGCGAUGAUGCAAGCUAUGUUCAGCUUUAUAAUUUCUGCAACCACUCUGGUGGUAAUCUAAAUGUUCUAGUCCACCAUUUUGAUGGGAAAAUUGAGUUUUUCGAAGCUGACGUAGCCAACUUAUUUGACCCUUCACCGAGGUUACAUCGAUUCAAAUCGAAAGCUUUAUGGACAGGUCAUUCAGCUGCCAUCAAGAAGAUCGUGCGUAAUGUCAGUGGACGAGCAGUCGUUUCGCGAACAGAUGGCAACGAAAGUAUAGUUUGGAAGCAUAUGGAACAUGCAGGUGGAACUUCAGUAUUCCGUCAAAGUAUUAUCACGCAAUCUGAACACGUCCAUAGGAUAUGCGUCAUGAGAAAGGGAAACUUCGUGAUUUAUUUACACCACGAUCACAUCACCCUAUGGGAUACUAGACAAUCCGCAGCGGUCAAACUAGCAGAUUGUAAGUUUUCGAUCAUAGGCAAACCUUUGUGUAUUCUCAUGCUACCGGAGGUUAAUAAGGAGGGUCCUGUUGCUCAUGUUGCUACCAUUACUUCAAAGAUGAAGGGUAUUGUAUGGGAGGUCAGAUUACCCCAAAGAAGAGUAAGUGCUCAAGUCAAUGGAUACCAUCAAGAAGCUUCCAUUCGCGAAUUUUGUCAAUUUGGCCUUGGAAACGAUGACGAUUUAGCCUAUGUUCUACCAGUGGAUCCAGCUGGAUCCCCUCCGGUUAUCUCGGGAUUCUUAGAUACUUUUGCAAGAGAUAUUGCAAUUUCGUACACGCAUUCUGGACUGUUAAGAUCUUGGACCGCCCGAAUUGACAUCGAAAAAGAAACGGUUGACUGGCUACAGACUUGUUCAGUAGAUACAGGUAUUAGCGAGCCUGCUUUAGCUAGUGGGAGCUCCAUCAGGAAAGCUGCACUUGUGAACUCAAGUAGAUCGGAAUUGACCAUUUGGGACGUCAGAGGUGCACGACUUGAGUAUUCUCAGGAUUAUGAAUCCCAGGAUACUAUUCAAGAUUUGGACUGGACUUCAACGCCUGACGAUCAAUCGAUUCUGGCUGUUGGUUUCCGUUACCGCGUUAUAUUAUUGGCUCAAAUGCGAUAUGAUUAUCUGAACAAAGGGCCAGCAUGGGCCGCAAUCCGAGAAGUCAAUAUCCGAGAUUUGACACCCCAUCCGAUUGGUGAUUCGACUUGGUUAGGAGGUGGCAACUUCAUCGUUGGUGCUGGUAACCAGUUAUUUGUUUAUGAUAAGGAGGUUGACUCGUCAGCAUCAACUUUUCUACCGCCUCGUAAAACUCCUUGGGACCUCUUCGAUAUCGUUUCAAGGUUGAACGGCCCACUCCCAGUUUAUCAUCCACAAUUCCUGAGCCAGUACAUCCUUGCCGGAAAGAAUUUAUUAGUUCAGCAUAUUCUAUUGGCACUAUAUAAGAUUCUUAAAUAUUAUAUUGAGGGUGAACCAAUCGACUCCCACCUGGGGAUGAACAUAGAAGAUUUCUAUAUCAGCUCGGAAAACGCACCUUCAGCUAGUAAAGGAAUCAAGUCUACAUUCGAUGGCUUCUCCGAAGAAAAUGAGGUGGAAACAGUCACAGAGAGUGUUGCGGCUGCUAUAACCGAGAAAUUGACACAGAUUGCUCUACCUCAACUUUCGAGGCAGGAGCAAAUUCAUCUGGCUGAUAUCGUUGAAUGCGUAGCUAUAGUUGAGCGUCAACGUAGAUCAAUGGAUGAUAAUGCCGCAAGAUUUAUGUUAUUCUUCAGACAACAUGUUUUACGUCGUGGCCGUGCGAACGAACUUAGUCUUUCUUGGAGGGAGAUCAAUUGGGCAUAUCAUAGUAACAGUCAGGAUAUUCUGGCCGAUAUGGUAUCACGACAAUUCCAUGGAAGAAUGCUUUGGGAACAUGCACGAGAAAGUGGUAUCUUUAUGUGGAUGACGGAUGCAAAUGCUCUGAAAGCUCAAUUUGAAGUCAUCGCUCGGAAUGAAUAUACGAAGAGUGAUCUCAAAAAUCCCAUAGAUUGUAGUUUGUACUAUCUUGCUCUCAAGAAAAAGGCGGUACUACAAGGUCUAUGGCGUAUGGCUGCGUGGAACCGUGAACAAGGUGCUACCACAAGACUUCUAGCAAAUAAUUUCUCGGAAAAGAAGUGGAGAACUGCUGCAAUGAAGAAUGCAUAUGCUUUACUUGGGAAGCGUCGAUUUGAAUAUGCUGCCGCUUUCUUCUUGUUGGCCGAUUGCCUGAAAGAUGCUGUCAACGUGAUUUUGAGCCAACUCAAGGAUCUUCAAUUGGCCAUAGCAGUCACUCGUGUGUAUGAAGGAGAGCAUGGACCCGUUCUCAAAGAACUUCUCGAAGAAAAGGUUUUACCGUUAGCUGCUCAAGAAGGCAACCGUUGGCUUGCAUCAUGGGCUUUCUGGAUGUUACAUCGUCGUGAUAUGGCCGUGCGAGCUUUAAUUUCUCCGGUCUACACACUCCUCGAAACCCCUCAAUCACCAGAUCUCAAUGCCAAACUCUUCCUAACUGACGACCCCGCUCUCGUAGUUCUGUACUCACAGCUUCGACAAAAAACUCUGCAAACCCUACGUGGUGCCUCAAAAGUAACACCAAAAGUCGAAUGGGCUUUCGUAUUACAUAAUUCCAGGUUGUAUGAUCGGAUGGGUUGUGAUUUGUUAGCAUUAGAUUUGGUUAGGAAUUGGGAGUUCCUUCUUCCGACUAAACCAGAUUUCAAGAGUUUUGAUGGCGAAAUUAAUCCGAGAAAGAUGCUGAGGAGGAGAAGCUCGCUGGUGGUGGCAGACUUACCGGCUAGUGGAAUUGGUAUGGGUUCUGCGGCCGGGGAUGAGAAAGACAUGCCAAAGGGACAACAAACCCAUAAGCCACCGCCAACAGUCUUUGAGGAACCGGAGGCAAACAGCUUGUUGGAUAGUUUCGGGUUUUAG